AUGCUGUGGCUGGUGGCGCUGAGUGCGGCGCUGGGCGCGGGCCCGGCCGCCGCCGACAACUCCACGCGCUGGCCCGCGCUGCCCGCCGCCGGCCGCGACGCCGCGCUCCUAACGCUGUUUCAACCGCCCCUCACCAACCACUCUCUCCUUUCUGACUACCACUUUCUGAGCCGUGUCGACUUUGUUCUACUAGAAAACUUUGUCAGCAAAAAGUACACGAGAUACAAAAGAGAGUCCCAUUCACUCAUCGGAACAUUCGACUUUAAUAAGUUAUUCAAAAAGAAAAAGCAAAAAGGCAAGAAUGAGGAUAAGACACAGCCCAGCGCGUCAUCCUUGCAGGGUGGUCUGUCGCUGCUCCAAACAGAGGAAACACCGGUCCCACUGACAAUUGUAGCACCUAGUACGACAGCUUCACCAGUACCUAGUACCACCAGUUUAAAAACGGCUUCCAUUUACUCCACGCAACGUACCAAAACGGGAGCAAUGAAUCCUAUAUCUCAAAGAAAAACAAACGUAAAAGUUACUCUUGGAAGAAAUUCUACAACAAAAGUUAGAUCAAGACAGAAAUCAGUGCGGAAAUCAAAAGAUUCCCGACGAGAAGCUGGGCGCGUGGAGACUCGUGUGGCGGAUCGCGAUACAAGUGACAAAACAAGUCGUGUAAUAGCUAGUCGUAAUGUUAACCGGGACGCUGGCAGCGCAGUGGGUCAGGAGAUAGGAAGAGAUAUUGUUGGUCGUGAGUCGAGUCACGAGCCGGGCCGCGAGGCAGGGCGCGAGGCGCGGCUGGCGGCGCUCAAGAAGAAGCCGGAGAACGAGACGCUGUGGCCGGUAAAACACGCGGCCGUCGUGGAAGGAGACAUCGUACUUGGCGGGCUGAUGAUGGUCCACAGUAGGUCGGAGGGAGCGACGUGCGGCCGCGUGAUGGGGCAGGGCGGCGUGCAGGCGCUGGAGGCCAUGCUGUUCGCGCUGGACGAGGCGGCGCGCGCGCGCCUGCCGCCGCCCGGCGUGCGCCUGGGCGCGCACGUGCUCGACGACUGCGACAACGACACCUACGGGCUCGAGAUGGCGCUCGACUUCAUCAAAGGAUCUAUCAGCAACAUCGACGACGCGGAGUACGCGUGCAACGCGACGGCCGUGCGGAAGGUGAUCUCCGGCGUGGUGGGCGCCGCCUCCAGCGUCACCUCCGUGCAGGUCGCCAAUCUGCUCCGGCUCUUCAAGAUACCACAGGUGUCAUUCUUUUCCACUUCCCCGGAGCUGUCGAACAAAGCCCGCUUCGAGUACUUCACGCGCACGAUUCCGUCGGACCAGCACCAGGUGCGCGCGAUGGUGGAGAUUGUCAAAAAACUUGGCUGGCGUUACGUCUCCAUUAUUUACGAAGAAUCUAAUUAUGGCAUCAAGGCUUUCGAAGAGUUGGAGACACUUCUAGCGAGGAAUGAGAUCUGCAUCGCUGUGAAGGAGCGCCUCGUGAAAGAUUCGGGAGAAGCUGACGCCCUGGCUUACGACAACAUCGUGCAGCGGCUGCUGUCGCGCCCUCGUGCUAGAGGUGUAAUCGUAUUCGGGUCAGACCAAGAAGUGGCGGGCGUGAUGGCAGCGGUGACUCGCUUGGACGCGGCGCGCGCGUUCGGCUGGGUGGGCUCGGACGGCUGGUCGGCGCGCGCGCUGGUCGCGGACGGCCACGAGGCGGCCGUCGAGGGCACCAUCAGCGUCCAGCCGCAGGCCAACCCCGUGCGCGGCUUCCAGGAGUACUUCCUUAACCUCACCGUCGAAAAUAACCUGAGGAAUCCCUGGUUUGUCGAGUUCUGGGAGGAUCAUUUCCGCUGCCGCGUGGCGGGCAGCGCGCGCACGCCGUACAACACGGCGUACGGCCGCGCGUGCUCGGGCCGCGAGCGGCUCACGGCGGAGAACACCAGCUUCGAGGCGCAGCUGCAGUUCGUCGCAGACGCCGUCUACGCCUUCGUGUACGCUAUCAGGGACAUGCACGCGGAGCUGUGCGGCGGGCGCGCGGGGCUGUGCGCGGCGAUGCGGCCCGCCAGCGGCGCCGCGCUGCUGCGCUACCUGCGCGGCGUGCGCUUCACGGGACUAAGUGGAGACGAGUUUCAUUUCGACAGUAACGGAGAUGGCCCUGUACGAUACAACAUCUUGCACUUCAAGCAAGUCUCCAAGGGGGUGUACCGCUGGCUGAAGGUUGGCAGGUACCUGGACGGGGAACUCGAACUCAACAUGGAUGAGAUCCAGUUCAAGUGGGAGGAGCCGCGCCCGCCGGAGUCCGUCUGCAGCGCGGAGUGCGAGCUGGGCCAGGCCAAGCAGUACGUGGAGGGCGAGAGCUGCUGCUGGCACUGCUUCAACUGCACGCAGUACGAGAUCCGGUCCCCGGUGUCAGAGACGGCAUGCGUGGAGUGUCCGCUCGGAACGCUACCGGACCCGACUCGUACCCGGUGCGAACCCGUUCCAGAGCUGUACCUGCAGCCCGGACAUCCGGCCGCCAUCGGCGCCAUGACCUUCUCCGCGCUCGGUGUCCUGCUUACUACGCUCGUGGGCGGCGUGUGGGCGGCGCGCGGCGACACGCCGGUGGUGCGCGCGAGCGGGCGCGAGCUGUCGCUGGUGCUGCUCGCCGGCAUCCUCAUGUGCUACCUCGUCACCUUCGCGCUCGUGCUGCGCCCCACGGACUUCCUCUGCUCGCUGCAACGAUUUGGCACAGGGUUCUGUUUCACAGUGGUCUAUGCAGCACUGCUUACAAAAACCAAUCGGAUUGCGCGCAUCUUCGACGCCAGCAAACAUUCAGCUCGCCGCCCUUCUCUCAUAUCCCCGAAAUCGCAACUAGUUAUUUGCUCCAUCUUGGUAUCUAUUCAGGUUGUGGUGGUGGUCGUGUGGCAGGUGGUGUCCCCGGCGCGCGCCGUGCACCACUACCCGGCGCGCGAGGACAACAUGCUGGUGUGCGACUCCUACGUGGACGCCUCCUACACCAUCGCCUUCUUCUACCCCGUCGUGCUCAUCGUCGUCUGCACGGUGUACGCCGUGCUCACUCGCAAGAUUCCAGAGGCUUUCAACGAGAGCAAACAUAUUGGAUUCACGAUGUACACGACGUGCGUGAUCUGGCUGGCGUUCGUGCCGCUGUACUUCGGCACGGCGUCGCACGUCCCGCUGCGGGUCACCAGCAUGGCCGUCACCAUCUCCCUCAGCGCCAGCGUCACGCUCGUCUGUCUCUUCUCUCCUAAGUUAUACAUAAUAGUGAUGCGUCCGGAGCGCAACGUGCGUGCGACGUUGAUGGCCCCCCGCUGGCGGUCGCUGCCCGGCGCCGGCGCCGCCCCGCCCGGCGCGCGCCCCGGGGCCGCGGGGGGCGCCGUGUGCGCGGCGCUGGUGGGCGUCGCGCCGGUACCACGUGCGCCACACAACGACCUCACACCUUCCACAGACCUCUCAACGCUCAAUGACAACGAAAAAGCAGACAGACAAGUUCAGACGGACGAAUCAUCACUGUAUCCUCGACUUAAUGUGAAUACAAACUCAAAAUCUGAAGGUAACGGUGUGUGUUUGGAUCCUCGCCGCCUCCUGAUAAUGCAAGGAGGACUGCCAGGGUUCCACGACGCCAAGAUGGCGGCAGCAGCCAUCCCCACGCCCGCCAUUGCUGUGGUGACCGCGUCCGCCGAGCUCGCGUUAUAG